AUUCAGUUCAGUUCAACCAAACAAAGUUUAGAAGAACAAGGCCUUACUCUGUCAAGAAUUUACCCUUUCGGCGAGCUCUGAGGACAAAGCAAUGGCGACGGAGCUUGAAGAACUGCUGGAUUUUCUAUCAUCCCCUUCUCCUCCAGUGAAAAGGGCAGCUGUUGACAUUGUUCGAAGUUUAACUGGUUCUGAAGAUGGUAUGCAACCUCUCGCCCAAUAUUCAAAAGUGGUUCUGCAAAAAUUAUCUGACCUUUUGGGAGAUCCCAAGGAAGUAUCUGAACCUGCUGCAGAGUCUCUUAUUAAUUUAUCCCCAAAUUUAGAUAUGGCUGGGCAGAUGAUAUCUAUAGGAACGAUAAAGAAAGCCAUGGAUCUCUUGUAUAAGCCCGAGUCUGCUAUCAAAAGGUUGCUGGUUAUGCUUCUAGUUAAUCUUACUCAGCUGGAUGCUGGUAUUGCUUCCUUACUUCAGGUUGAAGAUGAGAAGAUGCAGGGACUUUAUGUUAUGAAGCUUGUGAGGUCAUUUUGUAGAUCCCCUGAUGAGAAUCAAGAUGAUCCAUUUGAACAUGUUGGCUCCAUACUCGUGAAUAUUUCAAAGAAAGAAGCAGGGAGGGUUAUUUUAUUGGAUCCCAAACGUGGGCUUCUAAAGCAGAUAAUUAUGCAAUUCGAUUCGACUAGUUUAUUACGGAAAAGAGGGGUCGCAGGAACAAUUCGUAAUUGCUGCUUUGAUGCUGAAAGUCAGUUGGCAAACUUGCUCUUAAUAUCAGAAUUUCUGUGGCCAGCUCUUAUAUUGCCUGUAGCUGGGAACAAGGUAUACAACCAGGAGGACACAUCCAAGAUGCCUCAUGAACUUGGAAAUGCUCUCUCAAUUGAACGAGAACGAGUUACUGAUGUUGAGAUUCGUGUUCAAACAUUGGAGGCAAUAUAUUUGAUCGUCUUACAGGAUGCUGGUCGAAGGGCCUUUUGGUCGAUUAAUGGUCCAAGGAUUCUGCAGUUAGGGUACGAAGAUGAGGAAGAUUCAAAAGUUAUGGAAGCCUAUGAAAGAGUUGGUGCCCUGUUGGUUGAUUCGAGUGCGGCAGAAUAAUGAUUGACUAAUGGCAUCGAUAUAACUCAAGAAUACUUCCCCCAUAGGAUAAAAAUUUAGAAGUUUGAAUCAGUAUGUUCGUUUUUUGAUCUUGUAGGAACUGAACACAAUUUUGUGUACUGAAGAGCAGUUCAAACCUAAUUUCGUUUAUCUUUCUUUCACAAACUUAAAUCAUGAAACAGUUCUUGAUUAAGUAUUGGAGAUAUCUCAUAAUUCUUUGGUACUUUUUAUUAUCAACAGAA